GAUGAGUCUGAACCUACGGUCUGAACCUGCGGUGUGAACAGGGAGGGUCACCGAGGUGCUGACGCCUCUUCUCGGUCUCAGUGUCAACAUGUCGCCGCCUCUCCUCCUCCUCUUCUCCUCUCCUCUCUGACCGGCCACAGUUUGUCACAGGUCCCGCUCGAUGGCGGCUGCACUGAGGAAGAUGCGGCUUUCGGAAGCGGGGCGAAUUACCGUGAGCUCGGCGACCAGCUAACGCCGAUUAGCUCGCUAACGCGCCGUGUUCGCAUGACGCCGUCCGGCCUCGCUAAUUGCACCGCUAGCUCCCAGUUGGCGGCCGCGGGGAGGAUGAGUCGAGGUUCGCCCGGCAGAGGAGGUGAAGUCAUGUCAUCGAACGAGAACACGCCGAGAAGUGGAGGAAUAAAGAUGAGGACGACCCGAAGCGCUGGUCCCUCCACGCCAGUGAAUGGACGACAAGGUAACGGCUGGGACAGCAGGCGCAAGAGGAAGACUGCGGACAUCACACAGGCCCUGAACGUGAGUCCAGUGGAUGUGGCGGCUCUGAGGAGGAUGGCCAUCAGUGAAGGAGGACUGCUGACGGACGAGAUGCGAUGUCAAGUGUGGCCUCGCCUGCUCAACGUGCCCCUGCAGGUCCUGGACCAGGAGCCAGAGACGGUGGAGCGAGAGAACAACAAGGACUACAAUCAGGUCCUGCUGGACGUCCAGCGCUCACUGCGGAGGUUCCCACCAGGUAUGCCAGACGAGCAGAGGGAGGGUCUCCAGGAAGAACUGACUGACAUCAUCCUCAGAGUCCUGAAACGUAAUCCCCAGCUGCACUACUACCAAGGAUACCACGACAUUGUUGUCACCUUCUUAUUGGUCCUGGGAGAGCGCCGCGCGACUGCUCUCGUAGAAAAGCUCUCCACUCAUCACCUCAGGGACUUCAUGGAUCCCACCAUGGACAACACAAAACAUAUUCUCAACUAUUUGAUGCCCAUCAUUGAGAGAGUCAACCCAGAGGUGCAUGACUUCAUGCAACAGGCUGAAGUGGGAACAGUCUUCGCUCUCAGUUGGCUGAUCACCUGGUUCGGCCACGUCCUGUCAGACUUCCGCCACGUUGUCCGGUUGUACGACUUCUUCUUGGCCUGCCACCCGCUAAUGCCCAUCUACUUUGCUGCUGUGAUUGUACUGUACAGAGAAGAGGAGGUGCUGGACUGUGAAUGCGACAUGGCCAUGGUUCAUCAUCUGCUGUCUCAGAUUCCUCAGGAUCUGCCCUAUGAGACCCUGAUCAGCCGAGCAGGAGACCUCUUCGUCCAGUUUCCUCCCUCUGAACUGGCCAAAGAAGCUGCCUCACAUGACUGCAUGGCCAGCUCUACCUUUAAGGACUUUGAUCUUGCGUCCACUCAACAGCGACCGGACUCAGUUCUCCGUCGCCGACGCAGACAGAAGCAGGCUGCACUGGAGAGCGCAGCAGCCAGUUCAGUAGUAACAGUGACUCAGCCUUCAGCAGCGCGGCGCUUUGUCCGACUGGCUGUCAUGGGUCUGACGGUGGCUUUAGGGGCAGCAGCCCUUGCUGUGGUCAACACUGCGUUGAACAAGCUGGACCUGUUUCCUUGAAGCGCUCCUCGUCUACCCCUGCACUCCAACGCAUCAUCCCUCAAGUGACUCUAGUUGGUGCAGACCCUGCAGUUGAUAACACUGUCUGGAGUGAACGCUCUAAACUGAACCAGUUAACGCUCCUCAUUCGUCUUCUAGGAUGCUACUAAUCAUCCCACUCCACAUAGGGCUUCUCAGCCCCCUGCUGAGGGUCAUAUGACUCCUGAAGAACAUGCAGCAGUUUGGGUUACAGCUGCUAAUGUUCUGAAGUGAAGAAUCCAUCCUGUUAUAAUGAAGAGACUUUAUUUCUAAGGACUUAUUAUUGAUGGUGUCGUUAUUAAAGUUUAUUUAUAUUUGGUAUUAGGAUAAUCUGAUAUUGAGUAAUCCUCAGAGAUUUAUGUUGAAAGCUUGGUGGACUCACUACACUUGAAACUGCUGCCAAGUUUAAGUGUGUAUGUGUGCGUGCGUGGGUGCAUGUGUGUGUGUGGUCGCAAUCUGUUUGUAAUCUAUUUGAUACUUGGACUGAGACCAAAUAGAGGGUUGAUAGAAUCCUCUUUUUGUAUAAUUUAGUGUUUCUUAAUUUAGAGAUAUGUCAGAAUAUAGAGGGAUAUGAUCACGUCACACAGGCACUUUUUAAGGUUUUAAUAGUUUUAGGUCACUUUGGUGAGUUCUCACCCCUGACUACACAUUUCAGCUUUGAAUCAUCGAUGGGUCAAAAAUGUUUCUGGUAUUAUCAAAGUAAAUAUACUGUAGCCUGCUUGAGACUUAAUUUUGUAUCUCAAAACUUAAAGCAACACUAUGCAACUUUUUAAAUCUUAAAAUAGCAGCUUCAAAAUUAAAAUGGUGCUGCUCUCAUUUCCACUCCUCACCCCAAACGUCUGCUCUUGUUCUAUAUAACUUUGGUGAGCAGGUACGAUCUCCUGUGAGAAGUGUGUAACUGACUGGUCUCAGUUUAAAUCCUCAGCAUCAGGCCCAGCAAGGUCGAGAGUAAUUCUGAACUGUUGAUUAGUUAAAACCAGCGUUUAUAUCCCAUAUUCAGCGGGGAAACUUUUAAAAUAUGAAGAACUCUAAACCGAGUUUGGUGUAUUUGUUACAACAGCAGCUCUUCUGGUUCAGGAAGCCAGGGAUCAUGGGUAAUAUCCACUGAUCAGUUGUGCUUCAGUUCAGUGAGUGGGAUACGCAGUCAGAGCUCUGGUCAACACAUUGCCGGGCUUUGCUUUUUCUCUGCAUGAAAACCCAGCAGAAUGAAUCACCAUGUGUGGCUGCAGAGGGCGCUGUUGCUCAGUAAAAGUUACAUAUUGUUGCUUUAAAUCCGAGGAGUAGGCUCCAGAUUAGAGUUCAGCUUUCACAGUCCAAGUAAAAAAGAAAAUCAACCAUGAAAUGGUUAAAUAGAGCUUUCCAGUUUUUGUAGUUAAUUGCUCAGUUGUGCAACCUUAAAGAUGUGUCUGUGUUUCAUGUGCCCGUAUUUACAGGGAUACAUUUUCUGCUCUGCUUAUACUAGGGUAGGUGAUGGAAUCUGACAUCGUAGUUCAGCAGCAAACUCACUCACUCACUUAAUGCCUGUAAAAUUUCAGAGCUGGGUUAUGUAGUAUUUGGAUUGACACAGUGGGCGACCCAGUUUGCACUGGUUGCGUUAGUUUUGCAAUCACAAUUAGUUUGUUAGGCACUUUGCUGACGCCUGCUGAAAAGGUGCUCCUGUUAGAAAAACCUUUUCAAUAAAUAGUGUCCAACAUUUGUUUAAAACACGACUGAUUUAGUAAAUAGGAUUGUUAAAGUCUAGAAUGGGCAACAUUUGAUUUCAGAGACAGUCCAGCUCAUUCCAGUGUUUGUCAUUUUCAUUUGAUUAAAUAUUUUAAAUCAGGAUUGCUUAUUUGUAAGUGGUGUGGUACUCAACUGAAUAAGUCCUACCAGAAAAUAAUCUACCUAGUUUGUCAAAACACUAAGAAUUGUAGUUGCCUGUAUUGGGCAGCACAGAAAAACAACUACAAACAUAUCGUGGAAUAAUUGAAGUAACAUGUUAGAAAACAUUUUUUUUGCUUCUGUAUAUAAGGAAAUGAAUACCUGGGCUUCCCAUUCCAAUAUUAUGGUCCAUUAAUUUAUUGCCUUUAUAAUACCUACUGAUGAAAAUGAGGGUGAGGCUCUGAGCAGCCCGAGAGUGGAGCUGUUUAGCAGUAUCGUAACACAACAUGUAUCUGCACUCAGUGGUUUUCAUGUAUUUUCAUUGCACUAAAUGAUUUAUCUGCCUUUUACAUUUAUUUUGGGAUAAUUAUCAUACUGAUGUAAAAUUGUACAAGAGAAUGCUAAUAAACUAUAGUGAAAAGUGUAUUUGUUUGGGCAGUUACACAUUAAUGUGUUGAUUUAUUUUCACCAAAUAAAGUUUAAGAUUUUUCAGAUAUGUUUUAAAACAAAAAUACUAA